AUAUAGAUCCUGCCCCCUUUGCAUCCCCUUUGUCCAACCAUGCAGGACUCCAACUGGCUCCAUUUGGAACCCAGGUCUGAAGGUUCCACUGAUUCCAAGUUAUAAGAAGACUGUAUAUUCAAGGCAUGUUUGGGUGCCGAAAUAAGAAACAGUCAUGUCCUCAAGCAGCUUGCAAUUUAAUCCAGGAGAGAGAGAAGUGGACAAGAAAUUGCAAUGCCAGGUGGCAGAAGAAAACAAAAGAUUGAGGAAACUCCAGCUUGAACAAGAAGAAAAAUUGGCUAUGGAAUUGGCGAAACUAAAACAUCAAAGUCUAAAGGAUGAAAAGAUGAGGCAACAAGUAAGAGAAAACAGUAUUGAGCUCAGAGAAUUGGAGAAAAAAUUAAAAGCCGCUUACAUGAAUAAAGAAAGGGCAGCCCAGAUUGCAGAGAAGGAUGCCAUUAAAUACGAGCAAAUGAAACGUGAUGCUGAAAUAGCCAAAACCAUGAUGGAGGAACACGAGAGAGCAGUAAAGGAAGAGAAUGCUGCGGAAGACAAACGGAAUCAAGUAAAAGCACAGUAUUAUCUUGACUUAGAGAAACAACUUGAAGAACAAGAGAAGAAAAAACAGGAAGCAUAUGAGCAGUUACUAAAAGAGAAACUCAUGAUUGAUGAAAUUGUUAGGAAAAUUUAUGAAGAAGAUCAAUUGGAAAGACAGAAAAAGUUAGAAAAAAUGAAUGUAACUCGAAAGUAUAUAGAAGAGUUUCAGAAAGAGCAGGCUCUCUGGAGAAAGAAGAAACGUGAGGAGAUGGAAGAAGAAAACAGAAAAAUUAUAGAAUUCGCCAACAUGCAGCAACAAAGAGAAGAAGAUCGGAUGGCAAAAGUUCAAGAAAAUGAAGAGAAAAGACUACAGCUUCAGAACAUGUUGACUCAGAAAUUGGAAGAAAUGCUGCGGCAACGUGAAGAUUUGGAACAAGUGCGACAAGAAUUAUACGAGGAAGAGCAAGCUGAAAUAUAUAGGAUGAAACUAAGAGAGGAAGCAGAAGAGAAAUUGAGAAAGCAAAGGGAGUUGAAGCAAGAUUUUAUAGAACAAAUGGCCCUGAAGGAAUUAGUACUCCAGGCUGCGAAAGAGGAAGAGGAGACCUUCAGAAAGGCUAUGCUAGCUAAGCUUGCUGAGGAUGAUCGGAUAGAACUGAUGAAUGCUCAGAAACAAAGAAUGAAGCAACUAGAACACAGGAGGGCUGUGGAAAAACUCAUUGAAGAGCGUCGCAACCAGUUCCUUGCAGACAAACAACGUGAACUAGAAGAAUGGCAGUUGCAGCAAAGAAGACAAGGAUGUAUUAAUGCAAUUAUAGAAGAAGAAAGACUAAAACUUCUCAAAGAACAUGCUACAAAAUUACUAGGCUAUCUCCCUAAAGGAGUAUUUAAAAAAGAGGAUGAUAUCGAUAUGCUUGGUGAAGAGUUCAGGAAAGUAUAUCAGAAAAGGAGUGAAAUUUGUGAAGAGAAAUGACACCAUCAAGAUUAGGUAAAAACUAGAUUGUUUUCACCACUAGAUGUCAUUGUAACUUUUGUUUUACAGUUAAUACUGAAUCUUAAAUCUACUUGGAUUUUCUAAAGUGUCUCUAAUUCAUAUUUUUUUAGCUACAAAAUUAAUUGCUCUUAGUCAAACUCGUUCUUGUACUGAUAAUUUGAAGAUCUGAGUUAUGUACCACAUCACAACAGUCCAUGUAUAUAUAAGUACGUUACAGGCCAAACCUAGGAGACUAACUUCUUCAUACUACUCCUGCUGCUCAGAACUUUUUCUGCAUCUCCAUUCAGACUACAGUUCCACUGGUAUUUUAGGAACUUUACUUCCAGGAUUUGGCCAGCCAAAGUAUCUUUUUCUUUCUACUAUAAGGAAAGAGAAUAAGAGUGAGGAAUUUCAAAGUGCUUUAUUGUCAAUGAAAACUUAAAAACAGAAUUUCUAUAACAUAAACUUACCAUUUAUGAACUAGAGCUGAAUCUCCAGUACUUUAAUAUAAAGUACUUUAUAUUAAAUGGCAAGUGGGUCACAAGAAAGAAACAAAAGUUAAAUUCCUAUUAUUUUACAUAUCAAUUUUGUAUCCCUUAAAUCUGAACAGGGAAUUCACUGGAAUUACUUUGAUUUCAUUACCAAAUGUCUUCAUUACUUAGAGUAAAAAUAGUGCAUUAAAACUUAAAAUAAAAUAUAUAUGGGUCAUACAGUUAGACAUACAAAGUCUAUAUAAAGUAGAUAAUUUAUGAAUUUCCCCAUUCAAGUGCCUUCAUAAAUUCCUCUUCGGUGAAAGACAACAUCUUGGCAGCUUCAAUAUGCAUCUGUUUGUAACAAAUCAAUAUUGUUUUAGUAUUAAGCGUAGACCACAGAACAACAGGAAAUUGAUAAAAGUGUGUACAUAUAUAUGCUAUCAAAUUAAUAAGGUCUGUUGGAAUGUGUACUCAAAUUCUAAUAAACAUGAUAUUUGAAAUUA